AUGGACGCCCCCGACCGCUUCCGCCAGCCUGGUCUCCCGCAGUAUCAGGGUCUGAGCCAGCAGUCCUACACGGGCGCGCAGCAGUCUCUGCCUACGCUGCCUCCCCUUCACAGCGCCGCCUCGUUCCCGUCAUUGUAUGGCGGCCAUCACAGCAACCCGCAGACGCCUCAGCCGCCUCACACGCCUGUAACGUCUGCGCCCAACGGCAACAGCACCAUGCCCCCACUACAACACCCGCCGCUGAGGCCCAUCCAGCCGUCGCCCUCAUCGUACAUGCCCAUGUCGUCGGCCUACUCGCAAGCUCCUCUGCUGCCCACCGCGGCCGCCCACAACAACCAGCUCGGUGGCCCAGGUGGCAUGGGCAUGAACCACCCCUCGCUGUACCCUCACCCUCCUGUUCUCGCGAACCAGGAGCCUGAGCCUGUGCACGUCGUCGGCCAGCAAGGACGUCGUGGUGUCCUGCCUACACACCCUGGCCGGCCAGCUCCCGCUGCUGGAAAGGCGCCCACCCAAGCUACCAAGAACGCCGAUGGCAAGUAUGAGUGCCCGCACUGCAACAAGACGUACCUGCACCUUAAGCAUCUCAAGCGCCAUCUUCUGCGACACACGGGUGAGCGCCCUUACCAGUGCCAUCUGUGCAAGGACACCUUCAGCCGAAGUGACAUCCUGAAGCGCCAUUUCCAGAAGUGCUCUAUCCGCCGUGGCAACCCUACUGGUGCCAACCACCUGCAGCAUGCACAGCAGCAUCUGCAGAAGAAUCGCCCGCCAAAUGGCGCCGAGGCAACAUCAUACCUCAAUCACAUCUCCGGCACUUCAAUGCCGUACUCUGAUGCUGGAUACGCCAUGGGAAUGCCUCAGAUGCCUGCUGUCGCUGCCAACGGAUACGGGGGCGAUCUCCCUUCCAUCGCUGACCAGCACUCCAUGUCAGCCAGGACGUCACGAUCGAACAGCCUGAUCAACCGUCCUGGCAGCGGUGUCGAGGAGAACAGGAGGAGCAUGUCUGCAUUGGACACAUACGGACAGGCGCGUCUUAACUUCAAUGACUACCGUCCCAACGCCAUGUCCAACGCUCAACAGCAGCAGCAGCAGCAGCAGAACAACGCAGCCGCUGCGGACCAAGCCAACCACUUCAGCUACAACCACCCCGCUGUCAACAACGACAUGGCGCAGAACAACAUGCCCGUCAAAUCCGAGGGCGGCGACCCUACUCCUUAUGGCGUCACCUCCAUGCCCAACGUCGAUGGCAUCUCCAACGGACAGGACAGCUCCAUGUGGCGUAACGGGGGCGCCUUCAACGGAGAAUCACACUUUACGAAUGGAUCCAGUAUGGCAGAUGAUACACCAAAAUAUGAUACCAUGUUCACAGGCUUAUACUCGAAUCCCGGUUUCGCCGACUCCACUCCGUUUUUUGACAAUUGGCCCCCUGCUUCCUCUGAUCCCCUCCAAGAAAAGGCCGAGGCCCUGCUCAAUUUCUGCUUCCCCAAUGCGUCACUCCUGGCUCCCACAUCCAACGAGGCUUAUUCCUACGAAGCACUCAAAGGCAUCCUUACCCCCGACAACAUCAACCAUCUCCUUCGGCAAUACAAGCACUUCCAUGUCCAUUGGCCACUCAUACACACUCCCACUUUCGACCCAAUUGCUGCGUAUGAUGGCCUUGUUCUUACCAUGUGCUGUGUUGGUGCCAUCUAUUCUGAUAGGAUGACCCCCAAGUCGGCGCGCUGGUUAACGGAACUUGCCCGGACUGUUGUGUUGCGUUCUAGCCAGAUAUACAAGAUGGCCCAGAAUCCACAUCAUGUCCUGGAUCCUAACAGGCAUUGCCCGACCGAUAUCGAAGAAUUUCAAGCGUUGAGUUUGCUCCAUAGUCUGUUCCUUUGGCAUGGCAGCCAGAAACAACGACAACAAGGGCGUGAAGAGUUCUUCAUUCUGGCCAACAUUGUCCGUCGGGCAAGCUUUCUACAGCCUGUUCCGCGCAGCAAUCCUGCAUUCAGUUCUUUGCACGAGCCAGGUCCUAUUACUGGGGAUGAAGUCGCUUCAUGGAACUGGGCCGCAUGGGUGGAUAACGAGAAGCGGGUCAGAGCGAUGGCCUACAUCUUCUUGAUUGAUGCAGCCAGCACGAUAUUCUUCAAUGCACAGCCGCAGUUUGAUGUCAACGAGAUCAAGGUUUCACUGCCAGCAGACGAUGCUGCUUGGGAGGCAAAGACGGAGGAGGAGUGUGCAAGUGCACUGGGUUUGCGCGGCGAAGCAGCACAGGUCACAAACACGUCUGGGAGUAGGCGCGCAAAGCAACUAAGCAUGGCAGAGGCUUUGCAGGUUCUUUACAGAGGGCCGCAUGGCCCGAUUCCAGAACGCAGCACCAACGCGUUUGGCAAGUUCCUCCUCAUACAUGCAAUCCACGUCCAGAUCUUCAACAUUCAGCGCCAACUCCUCAGGCGUGUGUCUACAGGCGACAAUGGCACUCCCGAUGCGCCAGCAACUCCGCCCAAUGGUGUCAGCGAACAAGUCCAACAGCUUCUCCGAUCGACCGUGCAGGCCCUCGAACUGUGGAAGACUUGCUGGGACGUUGAUCUGGCAAUACAGUACCCUCCGACGGAGCCUCGUCUAGGCUACUGCAGAGACGGCGUGCAUUACUAUUUCCUGGCUCGUCUAUUCCUGCGGAGUUCACGGAGAGAAGAGUGGGCAGCACCUGCAGACAUGCGUUGCAGGCACGUUUUCAACCUUCUCAAACAAAUCAGGGGACACGUCGCAGCCGACUCCUCCCAGAAAGGCAUCGAAAUUGGCUCAGCCACUACAGUCACCGAUGACUAUGGAAUCAACGAUCUCACGCUCAACAUGAGGCAUCUCUUCACACCUAUCGAAACUUCACGGCCUACCCAAAGUCCCUCCCAGAAUUUCCCGCGGUAG